AUGACGCCCCCUGGUGUGGCCUACGACCGCCGGGUUGAGCUGCAGGCGUUCGAGAACACCAAGGCGGGCGUCAAGGGCCUCGUGGAUGCCGGCAUCACGACCAUCCCGGCCAUGUUCCGCCACCCGCUGGAAUCCCUGGAGGGUAUCACGACCCCAAGCGAUAAUGUAGCGGUCAUCCCGACCCUCGACCUAUCGGCAGCGCGGCGCGAGGAUGCGGUGGCCCUGGUGCGGCACGCGGCCGGGACGGUGGGCUUCUUCCAGGUGGUCAACCACGGUGUGCCGGCGGAGCUCAUGGCCGGCAUGCUUGCGGGGGUGCGCCGGUUCAAUGAGGGUCCGGCCGAGGCGAAGCGGGCCGCCUACACCAGGGACCUCGCUCGCAAGGUGCGUUUCAGCUCCAACUUCGACCUCUUCCAGACUGCAGCGGCCAGCUGGCGCGACACUCUCUUCUUUGGUCUGGCUCCGGAUCCGCCACCUUCGCAAGAGCUGCCCGAGCCUCUCAGGAACGUGGUCACGGACUACGGCGAGGCGGUGACUAAGGUGGCGCUGUGCGUGUUGGAGCUGCUUUCGGAGUCCUUGGGUCUAAGCAGCGACCACCUGCGCGAGAUGGGCUGCGCGCACAGCCUUUACGUGGCAUGCCAAUACUACCCGCCGUGCCCGGAGCCGCACCUCACUCUUGGCCACAAGAGGCACACCGACGAGGGAUUCCUCACCGUCCUCCUGCCUCAGGUGCUCGUCGAUCGCAGUGGCGCCGGCGGGACCUGGGUGGAUGUUCCUUACGUGCCCGGCGCUCUGAUGAUAAACAUCGGCGACCUUCUUCAGCUUGUCAGCAAUGACCAGUUCAGGAGCGCGGAGCAUCGGGUCCUGGCAAACAAGAGCAACGAUACGGCGAGGGUCUCGGUGGCGUCCUUCUUCAACACAGACAUGAGCAGCUCGACGCUGUAUCGCCCCAUCACCAAUGGACACAACCCCCCGAUCUACAGGAGCGUCACGGCUCAGGAGUUCAUGGCCACCUUUAUGAGCAUAGGUUUCGAUGGUCGCUUACUCGAUUACUACCGCUUGGAGCAGGAUCCUCCUACACCUCAUGUCUAG